AUCUUGCUCCAACCCUGGUUCUGUGGCAAACGGAGCUGUGGUGGCAAGCCCAGUUCCACGCCAGUUCUCUGUCGGCACGGUGCUGUCAAUUCGUUGUUUCACCGGAUUCCAAGUCAGUGGAGCCAACAACGUCACAUGUCUACCCACCGGCCGAUACUCGUCAAAUUUACCUCGCUGUGUUUUGGUGACUUGCCGUGACCCCGGUAUGCCUACGAAUGGACAGCGAUCAGGAGGUGACUUCGGGGUGGGCAGGAUAGUCCAGUAUCGCUGUGAUGCUGGCUACAACUUAGAAGGUCCUCCUGUCCGUGUUUGCCAGGCUGAUGGACAGUGGUCAGGAUCGCUGCCAACUUGUUCGAGGCCCAGUUGUUUGCCGCCAAGUAGAAUUGAGAAUGGUCAGAGAAUCGUGUCGCCCGACAAUGGACUGUAUUCAGUCGGUACCACAGUGACGUAUAGUUGUGUGGCAGGCUACUCAUUACUGGGUACUAAUGUACUGCGAUGCCUACCCAAUGGACAGUACUCUGAGCCAGCUCCAACAUGUAGAGUAUCCAGCUGCAGUGAUCCAGGAACACCAGCAAAUGCAAUCCGAGAAGGAGAUGAGUUCACUGUCAGCAGUGUUGUUCGCUUCACGUGUAGACCCGGAUACACUCUGAGAGGAACAGAGUUCCGUGUGUGCCAAGAGGAUGGUUCAUGGACCGGGACACCUCCAGAAUGCACAGUGAGUAGCUGUGGAAACCCUGGACAACCUGAGAACGGCAUUCGUUUUGGUAGCACCUUCACGGUGGGAGCGGCCGUUUUGUUCACCUGUAAUGAUGGCUAUCGGCUAGUGGGUGAUCCCAGACUUACGUGCCAGCCGAACGGCCAGUGGAAUAGUGCUAGACCCGUUUGCACAGUAAACCAAUGUACAGACCCAGGCAUGGUGCCGCAGAGCACCCGCACCGUUUCAGAUCGGCGAUUCAUAACGGGAACGGUCAUCACAUACACCUGCUCGUCUGGUUACACCUUGGCCAGUGGAUCAUUGCGCCUGACCUGUCAGUCAACAGGACAAUAUGACAACAGACCUCCAGUCUGUGAUGUUCUGUCAUGCGCUGACCCUGGCCAGCCGGACAAUGGUGAGCGCUAUGGUGAUAGUUUCCGCGUGGGAGCCACCGUAGCGUACGGCUGUAAUGCCGGCUAUAACCUGGUUGGUGGGCUGACACAGCAAUGCCAGCCUGAUGGACAAUGGUCUGAAACAAGACCCACAUGCCAAGCUGUGGUGAUAACUUGCGGCAACCCAGGUCUUCCUGACAAUGCUGUGCGGCAAGGGGAUUCCUUCACAGCUGGUGAUGUGGUGAGCUACACCUGUCGUCCGGGAUACACACCCGUGAGCGGUGAUCUGUCUCGUCAAUGUCAAUCCAAUGGUCAAUGGACUGGGGUGUUGCCAACAUGCCAAGUUUCUUCAACACCACCAAGUGGCUGUAGUGACCCAGGAACUCCACGCAAUGGACAACGGGCUGUGGGUGCGCAGUUCCCUAAUGUCGGUGCCAUUAUUAGGUUCCGCUGUCUCAGUGGCUAUCGGAUCACAGGCAGUAUACGGCGUGUGUGCCAAGCGAAUGGACAGUGGUCCGGAACUCAGCCAACCUGCUCCACUGUGCAGUGUGCACCAGUCCCAUCGAUUGCUGGUGCGCUGGUGACGAUUGUUCCGGAUGAUGGACGCUAUGCAGCCGGCACUGUAGUGACUGUCACAUGUGGCGAGGGCUUUGAACUCAUCGGAGAGUCUCUGCUGAUCUGUGAUGACUCUGGACGUUAUUCUGCAGCGUUACCGCAAUGUCAGGUUGCAACCAGACCAACAACUUCAGCACCUGUCGGUAUUACUGGCAACCCUGUGGUAACCUCCUCACCAUCGGAGACACCCAUCACUCCAGUUUGGCCUGAUCCAGCCUUUACCUCAGCACCUACUUAUGUUGAUCUGAAUCUCCCGGCAUCUACCCAACCAUCUGCCACGUAUGAUGUAUAUAUUCUACGUCCAGGAGAACCAACAUUCUCUUUCCUGGCAUCUUAUCCAGUCGAACCCAGUAUCUCUGUACAACGUGUUCCCAUCGUCCCUGGCGACACCUACCAGUUCGUGAUCCGUGCUCGCAUUGGAGAUUUGACCUCAGGGAAUAGUGCUCCCAUCACUGUUCCAGCAGAGGACACUCCAGCCACGACUCCAGGACCAACUGAUGCUGUGACAACAACCGCACCUGACAUUCCUGCGCCGUCCUGGCCUGCUGAGGCGUUCACCGCAGCAGCUAGCUAUGCUGAUCUCCGGUUCCCAGGCUCGUUGACCCCAUUGCUGCAGUAUGAUGUGUUUAUCCAGAGACCUGGGGAGCCAUCGUUCUCGUUCCUGGCUACAUAUGAAGCCACGAACACCAUCAGUGUCCAGCGUGUACCCCUUAGUCCUGGUCAGACCUACCGAUUUGUCUUCCGAGCUCGCCUGGGCCCUACAACAUCUGAGAACAGCAUACCCAUCAUCGUAGUAACCGGACCUGGCACAGAUCCAGUCCCAGACACUUCACCUACAACCAGUCCGGGUUUGGCUGCACCAGUGUGGCCGGAACCAUCUUUCAGUGUAUCGUCAACCUACGUGGAUUUUAACCUACCAGCCAGCAACCAGCCCUCUGCACGAUAUGAAUUGUUCAUCCAGCGUCCUGGAGAGCAGUCAUUUGCAUUCUUUGGGUCUUAUGAUGCCUCUCCAAGUGUCACAGUGCAGAGAGUGACUCCGUUGCAGCCUGGUCAGACAUAUCAGUUCACUAUACGAUCAGUUGUGAAUGGUGUACCAUCACCAAUCAGUGAUCCGAUCACUGUCACCACCAGCACUGGACUCGAGCCCACUACUGCACCCCCUACGGAUCUUGCACCUGUGUGGCCUCAACCAGCCUUCUCGGUGUCGACCACUUACGCGGACUUGAAUCUGCCGGCAGUGAACACCCCUGCGUCACAGAUUGAAGUGUUCAUCCAACGUCCCGGAGAGCAGUUCACAUUCUUAGCUUCCUAUGACGCCUCUCCAAGUGGCACAGUGCAGAGAGUGACUCCGCUGCAACCUGGUCGGACUUAUCAGUUCACUAUGCGAUCAGUUGUGAAUGGUGUACCAUCACCAAUCAGUGAUCCGAUCACUGUCACUACCACCGAUGAUGGAGCAGAGCCUACUACUCCUUCUCCAGGCUUGCCUGCUCCAGUAUGGCCGCGCCCAGCCUUUAGUGUAUCAUCAACGUAUGUAGAUUUGAACUUGCCAGCUGCCAGUCAGCCAUCCACACGAUAUGUGAUCUAUGUUCAACGACCAGGGGAGCAAUCGUUCACAUUCUUUGGAUCUUAUCCAGCAUCUCCGAGCAUCAGUGUUCAGAGAGUUCCAAUGUCUCCAGGUCAGACAUAUCAGUUUGUUAUUCGCUCAGUUGUCAAUGGAGUCAACUCACCUCAGAGCGUGCCCAUUUCUGUCACUGCCAGAGAUACUACUGAACCAGCUACACAAUCUCCCGGAGGUACUGCAGCACCAGUGUGGCCUGAACCAUCGUUCAGCGUAUCGUCAACCUACGUGGAUUUGAACCUACCAGCCAGCAACCAGCCUUCUGCACGAUAUGAAUUGUUCAUCCAGCGUCCUGGAGAGCAGUCGUUUGCAUUCUUCGGUUCUUAUGAUGCGUCUCCAAGUGUCACAAUGCAGAGAGUGACUCCGUUGCAGCCUGGGCAGACAUAUCAGUUCACUAUACGAUCAGUUGUGAAUGGUGUACCAUCACCUAAUAGUGCUCCAAUCACUGUCACUACCAGUGGUGGAACUGAACCCUCAACCUCAUCCCCAGAGCUGCCUGCUCCAGUGUGGCCACAACCAGCCUUUAGUGUAUCGUCAACGUAUGUAGAUUUGAACUUGCCAGCUGCCAGUCAGCCAUCCUCCACAAGAUACGUGAUCUAUGUUCAACGACCAGGGGAGCAAUCGUUUACGUUCUUUGGAACCUUUCCAGCAUCUCCGAGUAUCAGUGUGCAGAGAGUUCCAAUGUCUCCAGGUCAGACGUAUCAGUUUGUUAUUCGCUCAGUUGUCAAUGGAGUCAACUCACCUCAGAGCGUGCCCAUCUCUGUUACUGCCGGAGAUGGCACAGAACCAGCUACUCAAUCACCUGGUGACGGUGCUCCAGUGUGGCCGGAACCAUCGUUCAGUGUAUCAUCAACCUACGUGGAUUUAAACCUACCAGCCAACAACCAGCCCUCUGCACAAUAUGAAUUGUUCAUCCAGCGUCCUGGAGAGCAGUCGUUUGCUUUCUUUGGUUCUUAUGAUGCAUCUCCAAGUAUCACAGUGCAGAGAGUGACUCCGCUGCAGCCUGGUCAGACAUAUCAGUUCACUAUACGAUCAGUUGUGAAUGGUGUACCAUCACCAAUCAGUGAUCCGAUCACUGUCACCACCAGUGGUGGAACUGAACCCUCGACAUCAUCUCCAGAAUUGCCUGCACCAGUGUGGCCACAACCAGCCUUUAGUGUAUCAUCAACGUAUGUGGAUUUGAACUUGCCAGCUGCCAGUCAGCCAUCCUCACGAUAUGUGAUCUACGUUCAACGACCAGGGGAGCAAUCGUUCACUUUCUUUGGAUCUUAUCCAGCAUCUCCAAGUAUCAGUGUGCGGAGAGUUCCUAUGUCUCCUGGUCAGACGUAUCAGUUUGUUAUUCGUUCAGUUGUCAAUGGAGUCAACUCACCUCAGAGUGUACCCAUUUCUGUUACUGCCAGAGAUACCACUGAACCAGCUACACAGUCUCCCGGCGAUGGUGCACCAGUGUGGCCGGAACCAUCGUUCAGUGUAUCGUCAACCUACGUGGAUUUGAACCUGCCAGCCAACAACCAGCCCUCUGCACGAUAUGAAUUGUUCAUCCAGCGUCCUGGAGAGCAGUCGUUUGCAUUCUUUGGUUCUUAUGAUGCCUCGCCAAGUAUCACAGUGCAGAGAGUGAUUCCGCUGCAGCCUGGUCAGACAUAUCAGUUCACUAUACGAUCAGUUGUGAAUGGUGUACCAUCACCAAUCAGUGAUCCGAUCACUGUCACCACCAGUGGUGGAACUGAACCCUCGACAUCAUCUCCAGAAUUGCCUGCACCAGUGUGGCCACAACCAGCCUUUAGUGUAUCAUCAACGUAUGUGGAUUUGAACUUGCCAGCUGCCAGUCAGCCAUCCUCACAAUACGUGAUCUAUGUACAACGACCAGGGGAGCAAUCGUUUACUUUCUUUGGAUCUUAUCCAGCAUCUCCAAGUAUCAGUGUGCAGAGAGUUCCUAUGUCUCCUGGUCAGACAUAUCAGUUUGUUAUUCGUUCAGUUGUCAAUGGAGUCAACUCACCCCAGAGUGUACCCAUCUCUGUUACUGCCAGAGAUACCACUGAACCAACUACACAGUCUCCUGGCGAUGGUGCACCAGUGUGGCCGGAACCAUCGUUCAGUGUAUCGUCAACCUACGUGGAUUUGAACCUGCCAGCCAACAACCAGCCCUCUGCACGAUAUGAAUUGUUCAUCCAGCGUCCUGGAGAGCAGUCGUUUGCAUUCUUUGGUUCUUACGAUGCCUCGCCAAGUAUCACAGUGCAGAGAGUGACUCCGCUGCAGCCUGGUCAGACAUAUCAGUUCACUAUACGAUCAGUUGUGAAUGGUGUACCAUCACCAAACAGUGCUCCAAUCACUGUCACCACCAGUGAUGGAACUGAACCAUCGACUUCAUCUCCAGGUCUACCUGCGCCAGUAUGGCCACAACCAGCCUUUAGUGUAUCAUCAACGUAUGUAGAUUUGAACUUGCCAGCUGCCAGUCAGCCAUCCACACAAUACGUGAUCUAUGUUCAACGACCAGGGGAGCAAUCGUUUACUUUCUUUGGAUCUUAUCCAGCAUCUCCGAGUAUCAGUGUGCAGAGAGUUCCUAUGUCUCCAGGUCAGACGUAUCAGUUUGUUAUUCGCUCAGUUGUCAAUGGAGUCAACUCACCCCAGAGUGUGCCCAUCUCUGUUACUGCCAGAGAUACCACUGAACCAGCUACACCAUCUCCCGGCGAUGGUGCACCAGUGUGGCCGGAACCAUCGUUCAGUGUAUCGUCAACCUAUGUGGAUUUGAACCUACCAGCCAGCAACCAGCCCUCUGCACGAUAUGAAUUGUUCAUCCAGCGUCCUGGAGAGCAGUCGUUUGCAUUCUUUGGCUCUUAUGAUGCCUCUCAAAGUAUCACAGUGCAGAGAGUGACUCCGUUGCAACCUGGUCAGACAUAUCAGUUCACUAUACGAUCAGUUGUGAAUGGUGUACCAUCACUAAUCAGUGCUCCAAUCACUGUCACCACCAGUGAUGGAACUGAACCAUCGACUUCAUCUCCAGGUCUACCUGCGCCAGUGUGGCCGCAACCAGCCUUUAGUGUAUCAUCAACGUAUGUAGAUUUGAACUUGCCAGCUGCCAGUCAGCCAUCCACACAAUAUGUGAUAUACGUUCAACGACCAGGGGAGCAAUCGUUUACUUUCUUUGGAUCUUAUCCAGCAUCUCCGAGUAUCAGUGUGCAGAGAGUUCCUAUGUCUCCAGGUCAGACAUAUCAGUUUGUUAUUCGCUCAGUUGUCAAUGGAGUCAACUCACCCCAGAGUGUACCCAUCUCUGUUACUGCCAGAGAUACCACUGAACCAGCUACACCAUCUCCCGGCGAUGGUGCACCAGUGUGGCCGGAACCAUCGUUCAGUGUAUCGUCAACCUAUGUGGAUUUGAACCUACCAGCCAGCAACCAGCCCUCUGCACGAUAUGAAUUGUUCAUCCAGCGUCCUGGAGAGCAGUCGUUUGCAUUCUUUGGUUCUUAUGAUGCCUCUCCAAGUAUCACAGUGCAGAGAGUGACUCCGUUGCAACCUGGUCAGACAUACCAGUUCACUAUACGAUCAGUUGUGAAUGGUGUACCAUCACCAAACAGUGCUUCAAUCACUGUCACCACAGGUGAUGGAACUGAACCAUCGACAUCAUCUCCAGGGCUACUUGCGCCAGUGUGGCCACAACCAGCCUUUAGUGUAUCAUCAACGUAUGUAGAUUUGAACUUGCCAGCUGCCAGUCAGCCAUCCUCCACAAGAUACGUUAUCUAUGUUCAACGACCAGGGGAACAAUCGUUUACUUUCUUCGGAUCUUAUCCAGCAUCUCCGAGUAUCAGUAUCCAGAGGAUUCCAAUGUCUCCUGGUCAGACAUAUCAGUUUGUUAUUCGCUCAGUUGUCAAUGGAGUCAACUCACCCCAGAGUGUACCCAUCUCUGUUACUGCCCGAGAUACCACUGGACCAGGAACACAGUCUCCUGGUGAUGGUGCACCAGUGUGGCCGGAACCAUCGUUCAGCGUAUCGUCAACCUACGUGGAUUUGAACCUACCAGCCAGCAACCAGCCCUCUGCACGAUAUGAAUUGUUCAUCCAGCGUCCUGGAGAGCAGUCGUUUGCAUUCUUUGGUUCUUAUGAUGCCUCUCAAAGUGUCACAGUGCAGAGAGUGACUCCGCUGCAGCCUAGUCAGACAUAUCAGUUCAGUAUACGAUCAGUUGUGAAUGGUGUACCAUCACCAAUCGGUGCCCCAAUCACUGUUAUUACCAGUGAUGGAACUGAACCAUCGACAUCAUCUCCAGGGCUACUUGCACCAGUGUGGCCACAACCAGCCUUUAGUGUAUCAUCAACGUAUGUAGAUCUGAACUUGCCAGCUGCCAGUCAGCCAUCCUCACAAUAUGUGAUCUAUGUUCAGCGACCAGGAGAGCAAUCGUUUACUUUCUUUGGAUCUUAUCCAGCAUCUCCGAGUAUCAGUGUUCAGAGAGUUCCAAUGUCUCCUGGUCAGACAUAUCAGUUUGUUAUUCGUUCAGUUGUCAAUGGAGUCAACUCACCUCAGAGUGUACCCAUCUCUGUUACUGCCAGGGAUUCCGACGGUCCUUCAACAAAAUCCCCAUCUGCGCCAGCACCCGUUUGGCCACAGCCAGCCUUUAGUGCCUCUUCCACGUAUGUAGAGUUGAAUCUACCAGCGGCCAGCCAGCCCUCCACGCAGUACCUGAUCUACAUUCAACGUCCAGGAGAACAAUCCUUUUCUUUCCUGGGGUCAUAUCCAGGCUCUUCAAGUGGCUCUGUGCAACGGAUUCCACUGUCGCCUGGUCAGACAUAUCAGUUUACUAUCGAGUCGAGCGUCAAUGGUGUCCCUUCAGCUCAAAGUGUUCCCAUCACAGUUGUUACCAGUGGUGGCACAGAACCAUCCACGACUGCCCCUGCACCUGAAAUUCCAGCACCAGUAUGGCCACAACCAGCCUUCAGCGUGUCUUCAACGUACGUGGAUUUGAACCUCCCGGCUGCCAGCCAGGCUGCAACUCGCUAUGAAGUAUUCAUACUCCGUCCCAACGAGCAGUCAUACUCUUUCUUUGGUAUCUUUGAUGCAUCUGCAAGUGGCUCAGUACAACGAAUCCCACUGGCACCUGGGGAAACAUACCAGUUUGUCAUCCGAUCCAGUGUGAAUGGAGCUACAUCAUCGCAGAGUAUUCCUAUCACUGUAGUGGCAGGUGAUAGUAUGGAGUCAACAAUGCCACCUUCUCCCACUGUACCUGCACCAGUAUGGCCCAAACCGGCGUAUCGAGUUACCUCAAGCUAUGUUGAUCUCAACCUUCCACCAUCAUCAAGUCAGAGUUCAACGGAGUAUGAUUGUUAUAUCCUGCGACCUGGCCAGGCUGCCUUUGUGUUCUUGGCUACCUAUCAAGCAUCUGCAACCGAGAUCACUGUUCAACGUGUUCCUCUGGAACCAGGACAGACGUAUCGCUUCAGGCUGCGCUCACGCGUUGGUGGAGCUGUGUCUGCUGACAGUGUUCCCAUCACGGUCAACACGGUAUCAGUAGCUGAUAAAGAUUUGAACUUGGAUUUCUGCGCCGACCCUGGUGUACCUGCAAACGGCCUGCGGACAGGAAAGAAACCGUUUGUCGAAGGCGCAGUCGUGCUGUACCGCUGUUUCCAGAGCUUCACAAUGCUGGGAGCUGCUACACAGCGAUGUCAAGCUGAUGGUACUUGGUCUGGUUCACGACCAACAUGCAGCAAAGGUGGCAGCAUUGCAUCUCCCCCAACCCGGUCCACAGUCGUGUAUGGAGAGUACAGUGCAUGGUCUGCAUGGGAGUGCUCAGUGACCUGCGGCCAGGGCGUGCAAGUACGUCGCCGAACAUGCCAGAAAUCCUCUCCAGAGCAGACCUGCCACGGCCCGGCUGUGGAGAACGGUGUGUGUCGCAAGGCAGCAUGCUCGGGAAACACUAACGGGGUCGAUCAUGGACAAGCUAUUCUGCCUGGCUGUUCGCCAGGCACUGGUACUGCUCUGGAUCUGAUGCUGAUUGUUCACGAGCCACAGAACGCACUCUACUUCAACCAAGUGGUCAACUUCACGCGAGCUCUGCUCUCCCAUGUUGCAGUGCCACCGGUGCACGUGGGCAUGGUCCGCUAUGGCACGCGUCCCGCUAUAGAGUUUGGCCUGGCACGCCACGAGACCUACUCGUCGUUGAUGUCGGCAGUGAAGCAACUCACACACUCUGUGCGCGGUGCGGCCGUUGCUACUGGCAGUGCAUUGCAGAGUGCUAGGACAUUGUUCUUUGAAGAAGUUGGAGCAAGGCGAGGUGCGCGCAGAGUUGUGCUUCUUAUUACGUCCGCCUCAUUCGACGCCGGCUCCAUCCCAGGCCCGGAGGCCGAUCGAUUGCGUAGUCUCGGUGCGCGCGUAAUCGUUGUUGGUGUUGGGAACAUCAAUCGUAAAGAGCUAACUGACAUUGCGUCACCUUCUCAGGUACAUGUCAAUGAGAACAUAGUUGAUGUUGAUGACGGUACUCAGUUACUGCCCAAGGCCCCAGCCGUGGCCCGCCUGAUUUGCAGCACACCGGCAUAACGGUAGCUAAACAGCACCUUGACGUUUCUUUCUCUGAAUCGCUUCUCUCUCUCCUGCUGCUCCGUGCAUUAUGUUUGUACUACUGGCAGGCCAGUUGCUUUGAUGUUCUUAAACCCUUUCUUGAUCAGUAACAUGAACCAACAUGACUACCAUACACGUGAUGAGUGCUAGCACACCUAGCUUAUGAUAAUUAUAAUGGCUGUGUAUUUAGGGCAACUAUGCCGGUGUCGCUGGCUCAAAUUCGGUCAGAUGUGCACUUUUCGUAUUAGUUUUAGGUUUCAAUGCACUUUCAUGCUUCACCUGCAGCAGUUUUUUUAUAAAUAUUUUUAAAUCCAUCCAAUGUUUUGUUAUGUUUUUGACAGUGACGAGGCAUAGCUCGCUGGUUCUCAACCUGCUUGUUAUUUCAGUACGUGG